AAUUUUCGGAAGAGUUUGACAAAAUUCUUUUGAUGGAUGUUUGGUCUCGUAUACUUCUUCGUUUCUGUACCUAUCAAUCUCAUUUCUCUGAGGUACGAUAUAGGACCAUACAAAACUGUUGAGAAGAUAUUAAUGACGACAUUAAAAUCUUUUGAAACCAUCGCAAUAAUGCAACUCACAUCGUCAACUGUCUCAUGUUCGUUAGGAGAUCCAAAAAUGAGACUCUUAAUUCAAGUAUUCUGAUCUGGAAAGUUGUUGAUACAUAUUUCAAUGCCUCAAGCGAACGGAGUGUACCAAUAGCUCUACGAAACUUCGAAGUAGAUUCUGGAAGAGCCCCUGAAGCGGCCCUGCAGAGUUGUGCUUCUCCAUCUGCUAUAUUUUCCAUGGCCGAGAGCCAGAGGAAGCUUCUUUCUGUUGCAGCGGAUUUCAUCAGUUCCCGAUACAACUCUUUCGCAAUAACAAAGUUUCCAGUCAAAAGUGCAUGCCGGGAAAGCAGGUAUUUAUCCCAAUUUCCAAGUAAUGAACUAUGUAUUUUUGGCAUGAGAUUAGUCAAUGAGUCCGUUUCGUUUGCGAAAUAAUGCGUUCUACGGCAGGAAAGAAUACUUGCUAGUAUGUGUUUCUUUGCAUUUUGAUCUUUGACUUCAUUCAAGUAAUCCGUGACUGUCCCUAUACGUUCCUGAACAACUGCUGGACGUGCAUUAGCAAUGGCAGCUAUCAAUCGGAAAAUAACAAGAGAGUUUCGGUCUGAAGACCUUCCCUUUUUCAAUAGAAGCCGGAAAAGAUUCACUGCGAAUGUAGGUGAUCGCUGAGAAAAAGCAGAAACCAAACCUUCGAUUGCCACUCUCGAUGCAUGUUUGUCUGUUUUUCUUUUCAUAGCAAUAUCAAGAGCGAUGACUGUACUAUCAAAGACUGCCCCGAUGUAAUCUUCCCACAUGUCGUCCGAGUAGCUAAACGCUAGAACCAGCAAUGUGCAAGCCUCCUUUACUAUUUUAGGGUCCCAGUGAUGGAUUAGUUGAAUAGCGCAACUAAUGAGCAUGUCCCUGUGAUGACUAUCUUCUGAUUCGUAUACUUCGUCGCCUCCAUGCCCGUCCCCUUCUGUGGCUCGUCCGUUGUUCUUGAGAGGUAAAAGAAAGUGGAAAAGAUCUUUAGCGGAGUUUAGGAGAGACGCCAAGACAAGAGGUGGUUGAUUGCUCGACAAAAUCAUGUCUAUGCUGUCCCCGACUGGAUAGUUUCCCUCUCUGGAAUUUGGCUUGACCCCCGUAUCCUUGCUUUCAGCUUCCUCUUCUUUAGUCCAACAGUCCACCUGCAUUUCGAUAGCAUCUGUUAACGAACUUAGUGCAUAUUGAAGAAACUCUUCUUCAGCGAAAUGACGCGCUUCGUUAUAUCGUAUCAAGAAGCUCCGCAACAGCUCUCCACGAGCAGUGUGUGGGCAGAAAUCUUUGUCACUCAAUUGAUUUGUUGUACUAGAGGUCGUAACUGUUGCUGUUGUUUGGCCAUCGGUCAUGUCGUCGGAACAAUGACUGUAGUUGGUCUGAUCGUCGACCAUACGAUGCAGAAGACGGCUCCAUUCUUCUUUCACUACGUGAUCAAUGCCGCUUUGAAUAGCUAACGAGACCAUUCCACGCUGUGACAAGUGACUAUCAUAGGGACUCAUAGAUGCCAUUCCAAAUGCGUACAGUGAAGCACGGAGAUGAGGUAUUGCACCCUCAAACAACGGUGCAUUUUUGUAGAUGCCCGCCUCCUGUCCGCAUUCUGGCAAUACAAGGCAAUCCAAAACAACUCUGACCAACUCUACCCUGUGACGAUAAUUAAUUUGAAAGGAAUGUGCGGCUAGACUGGACAUCAAACGCGUCGUCAUCUCCCAAACCUCACUCUUUUGUUCCUCGAGCCUGGAUGUCGUUUGCCGUAUACAUUGGUCUGACGGGCGAGGAUGAAUGGCCAUGGCUAAUAAGUGAAUAACAUCGACCUGAGUAGAAUGUGCCGGCCGACCCGAGAGGAAGGGUCUCAAACCUAUUUUCAGAAACGAGAAGAAGGCACUUUCAACGUGUUCGUGUACAAUGACAUCAUCGAGUUCACCAAAUUCGUUCCCGUAGCGAUGCGGACUGCUCUCCAGGCGCUCUUCCAGCGACAUCAAUAUAAUUUGCUGGUCGGACACGCCUUUAUUGUGGGUGAGAUUUUUAGGCGGUUGUAUUCCUGUGGAUUGAGAUUGCUGCUUUUGCCGUUGCUGUCUAGAUGUCAUCGGACGCCGAGUAGAAACAUUUUGAAGGGAAAAGAAGUUGUUGCCGGUGGAUUGUGGAAGAAAGAAUCCAAGCAAAAGAAUCCCAGCGAACCUCGAGACUUGGCCAUGCUCAUAUUCCGUCAUCGACCAGAGCAGGUUGCUUGCCUYGGCCAGAAUCUGACAAAAUGAUACAGAAUAGAUACAAGAAUACCGU